AUGUCGAUUCCACAGGGAGUCCAACACGGAAUUGCUUCAGUAUUUGCUGUUAUGAUUCUUAUCAACUUUGUGGGUAAUUCUUUAGUUAUUCGAAUCGUACAAACAAACCARUACAUGAAAACACCAAUGAACUAUUUACUGCUCAACUUGGCAGUUGCUGACAUGACAGUAGCAGUUUUUUUAGCACCGAGGUACGUACUACGAAACGUCUUCACCCAUCCAAUGGGCGUGGCAGGUACCUACAUGUGUAAAUUUCUCACAGGRGAAGUUUUGACUUGGGUGGGUGCCUUGUCCUCAGUCUACACACUCGUCGCUAUUUCCAUCGAGAGAUACUACGCCAUUAUGAAGCCACACAGCAGUAAAUCGAGGUUUACAACAAAGAAAKCUAAACWCACUGCUGCAGCRUGCUGGGUCUUCGCGACCUUGUGGAAUCUUCCUCUGUUUCUUUUCUCAUAUUUUGAYGAGAARAACAAGUUUUGUAACUUUGCGUGGCCGUUCAAGGAUUUCACCAAGUAUCACAGUGUUAUUAAYGCGUUUGUAUUCGGAGGGAUUCCAAUUUCCACCAUGCUGUACUUGUAUUGUAAAAUAUCGUACAAGUUAUGGUUCCAGAAUGACCAAAUUGCAAUAUCUCCAAACAAAGUGCAUGYUAAUGCUCGCAAACGUGUUACUAAAAUGGUUUUAACAGUGUCCAUCAUUUUCUGUGUAAUGUGGAUGCCUAACAUUGUAAUCUAUCCUAUAGCUUCUUAUACCGAUAUAGAGCUAUAUGUUCUAUCUAUAAUUUGUGUUUCCAUUAACUCCAGUGUUAACCCACUCAUAUACAGCUUACAUUCCAACAUGUUUAGGAAACAUUUACGCCAAGCCUUGCGGUGCUUCGACCAUGGAAGGGUUGGCGUAAACGCUAAGAACUUAAAAGGGCAACCAGCAMGACAAUCAGCGAUAGUAUCUCCCGAUCAGGUCGUGAUAUCGGGGGUUGUAGAGGGAGCUCAGUCCWAUGUAAAUUUSCCAUCAAAAAGUGGCGAGGUUUAUGGGUACAUGGGAUGCGAUAAUUGA